AUGGCGAAACUCAAGGCACAUGAAGAACUCUCCACUAAUGCGAAUACUAUCAAAGCUCGCAACUGCGUCUCCAACCUUACUGAAGAUGAGAAGGCUGUUCACUUAGCACUCAAGGCUGACCAUGCUGAUCUGAGCUACUACUUAAAGAAGUUAUAUAAGUCUGCAAAGUACAAGACACGUCUACAGAAUGAAUUGAAGGUUGAGCGUAUUUGUGUUCGGACUGAGAAGGGUACCCAUGCAUCUUGCAUUGCGAAUCAGAAAGUCAAGAAUAUUAGCGCCUCUUCUUCUCCACAAGCCCCACCAUCUACUCCGCCCAAACAACUUCUGUCUGAGCUUGCUGCAUUUGAGGCGCGAGAUAUUUUAAAUGACGAGGCUGUUCUACCAGAUGAGCUUUCCGAUGAAGAGAUCACUAGCACCCAGGCUCUCUUAACUCAAGCGCACAUUGAUGCCCAUGAAGAGUCCAAUUUCCGCAAGUGGCAACAUUUCUGGGAUAGCUGUAUCCACUCAUAUAUGAGAAAGGCUGGAAAGCUGAGAAAGAAGCCUGAGCGUCUCUUUGAGUAUAUGCCGUGGAUUGAUGUAGAGGAAGGCUUCAAAGAGGCGUUCUUACUUGUCUACUCUAAGAAAUUUGAUAAGGAAAAGUGGGCUAAGGUAUCAGCUGCACAGGAUAUGUUGUUCCUGGAGCUAGAGUAG